UGCCUGUGAGUAUCAGACAGUAGCGACGAAGUUUGACGUCACGCGCGUGUAUAUAGACACUUGCGCAGGAGUUUCUUAAAUAGUCUGUAGUGAGACACACUGAGUGUCGUUUGGGGAUAGGACAAUUUGUCUACCCCGCUAGUGAAGGUGAUUCUUAACAAGAGUGUAAAAUCAUCGAAACAUGAGCUACACGACUGCAGAGAGCGUGGUGCCCACCAGCACCUGGACCGCCACAAACUUGUUCUACGUACUGGUGGUACCAGCCCUGAUCCUCUGGUACGCGUACUGGCGCAUGUCCAGAAGACAUUUAUAUGAACUCGCGGCCAAACUACACGGGCCCCCUGGCCUACCCCUGCUCGGAAACGCGUUAGAGUUCACUGGUGGAUCCCACGACAUCUUCAAAAAUGUAAUCGAGAAGAGUAUUCCUUUCGAUGGAGAAUCCGUAGUGAAGAUUUGGAUCGGACCCCGUCUUUUGGUGUUCUUGUACGAUCCUCGUGACGUUGAGCUCAUCCUCAGCAGUCACACACACAUCGACAAGGCUGAUGAGUACAGAUUCUUCAAACCUUGGCUCGGAGACGGUCUCUUGAUCAGUACUGGCCAGAAAUGGAGAUCUCACCGCAAGCUGAUUGCUCCCACUUUCCACUUGAACGUUCUGAAGAGUUUCAUUGAUCUGUUCAAUGCCAACUCCAGGGCCGUUGUUAACAAGCUGAAGAAGGAAUCAGGAGAAUUCGACUGCCAUGACUACAUGAGCGAAUGUACCGUAGAAAUCUUACUCGAGACUGCUAUGGGAGUCAGCAAAACUACACAAGACCAGAGCGGAUUCGAAUACGCUAUGGCUGUAAUGAAGAUGUGUGACAUCCUUCACUUGAGACAUACCAAGAUCUGGCUCAGACCCGACCUCCUCUUCAAAUUUACCGACUACGCUAAGACUCAAACUAAACUCCUUGACGUCAUCCACGGUCUGACCAAGAAGGUUAUCCGAAGGAAGAAGGAGGAAUUCAACUCUGGCAAGAGGCCCACUAUUUUGAACGACUACAGUACCAACAACGCUGAGGAAACUACCAAGACUACAUCCGUCGAGGGUCUGUCAUUCGGUCAGGCGGCCGGUCUUAAGGACGAUUUGGAUGUUGAUGACGCUGAUGUAGGACAGAAGAAACGUUUGGCCUUCCUUGACCUCCUCCUCGAGAGUUCACAGAGCGGUGUUGUCAUUUCCGAUGAGGAAAUCAAGGAACAAGUGGACACUAUUAUGUUCGAGGGUCACGACACAACUGCCGCUGGAAGCAGUUUCUUCCUGUCGAUGAUGGGUAUCCACCAGGAUAUCCAAGACAAAGUUAUCGAGGAACUUGACAAGAUUUUCGGUGACUCAGAUCGCCCAGCCACUUUCCAGGACACUCUUGAAAUGAAAUACCUGGAAAGGUGCCUCAUGGAAACCCUCAGAAUGUUCCCCCCAGUGCCUAUCAUUGCACGUCACCUGAAGCAAGACAUCACUCUUCCUUCAUGUGGUAAGCAAGUGCCUGCUGGUACAACCGUAGUAGUAGCAACAUACAAACUGCACCGUCGCCCCGAUGUCUACGAAAACCCUACCAAGUUCGACCCUGACAACUUCCUGCCUGAGAAAUCAGCGAAUCGCCAUUACUACGCAUUCGUGCCAUUCUCUGCUGGACCCAGAAGUUGUGUUGGUCGUAAAUACGCCAUGUUGAAGCUGAAGAUUAUCUUAUCUACCAUACUUAGGAAUUUCCGCGUCUACUCUGACCUUAAAGAGUCCGACUUCAAACUGCAGGCUGACAUUAUCCUCAAGCGAGCUGAAGGAUUCAAAGUACGCUUGCAACCACGCAAACUGGCCAAAGCGUGCUGAUUAGUUACAUUAUAAUUCCUAAUUUUAAUUUUUAUGUAAAUAUGGACGCAUGGUUCUCGCAUUUUUACUAAGUCCGUGCUGAUAGCAUGGAAUAAAAUAUUUUCAUAACAUAUUGUUAAUGUCAAGAAAGAUUUUAAAUCGGUGGCAGACCUUUAGACACGGGAAGGUGUUGAUAACGGUGCAACAGUUGGCACGUUUUGCUCAAUAUUAUUUAACUAUGCGGUUAUUUUAAGUACUUUGUAAAUAGACAUUUAAAUUAUACCCUUUUUACGUUGUACGAAUAAGACGAACCAAUAAAGUAUAGGUAACAAAUAAA